AUGGUUCGCCUCCGCGAGAUCCCAAGGACCGCGGCGUUCGCCUGGUCCCCCGACCCGUCGAAGCCUCUUUUGAUCACCGGCACUAGAGCUGGAGCUGUCGAUGCCGACUUUUCUGAUGAGACCAAGCUGGAGCUGUGGGACCUCAACCUUGACAACCAAGACCAAGGCCUCGAGCUGCAGCCCAUAGCUAGCAUCAGCACCGACUCGAGAUUCUAUGACCUCGCUUGGGGACCGGCCGAUUCCGACCACCCGAGGGGUAUCAUCGCAGGUGCCCUCGAAAAUGGCUCUCUCGACUUGUGGGAUGCCGAGAAGCUCAUCGACGGAGCCGAGGAUGCCUUCAUGUCCCGCACAACGAAGCACACCGGUGCGAUCAAGUCCCUCCAGUUCAACUCCCUCCGACCGAAUAUUCUUGCGACCGCCGGCGCAAAGGGAGAAUUGUUCGUUUACGACAUCAACGAUGUGGAGAACCCAUUCCGACUGGGAACCGCCGCUGCUCGCGCUGACGACCUGGAAGUUGUCGCAUGGAACCGCAAGGUUGCGCACAUUCUCGCCACCGGAGGCUCUGGCGGUUUCGUCACUGUUUGGGAUUUGAAGACCAAGAAGGCCUCUUUGACCCUGAACAACAACAGAAAGCCCGUCAGCGCCAUUGCGUGGGAUCCCAACAACUCAACGAAGCUCCUGACCGCCACUCACGACGAUACUGCUCCCGUCAUUUUUCUGUGGGAUCUCAGAAAUGCCAAUGCGCCCGAGAGGACGCUUCAGGGACACGAGCAGGGUAUCCUUUCCCUGUCUUGGUGCCAGCAGGACAGCGAUUUGCUGCUUUCUUGCGGCAAAGAUAACAGGACUCUGGUGUGGAACCCUCAAACGGGAGAGAGACUGGGAGAGUUCCCUGAGGUUACAAACUGGACCUUUCUCACUCGAUUCAACCCCGUCAACCCCAAUCUUUCUGCCACUGCUGGUUUUGACGGCAAGAUCACCGUCCAGACCCUUCAGAACACCAACCCUACGAACACGCAGGCCGCUACCAACAACAAUCUCGAUGGUGAAGACUUCUUUACCAGUGCUCAGACGCAGCCUCAGGGAGCGUCGUUCUCUUUGAGCCAAGCCCCCAAGUGGUUCGAGCGUCCAGUGGGAGCUACCUUUGGCUUUGGCGGAAAGCUUGUCAUUUUCAAGCAAAAUGCCCAGCAAAAGUCCACCAAGAUCUCCAUCUCCCAGUUCUCUGUUGACUCGUCCAUCGGUACCUCCACGGAAAAGUUCGAGGAGUCUCUGCAGUCAGGCGAUAUUGUCGGUCUCUGCGAGUCUCGUAAGGAACAGGCUAAGACCGAGGAGGAGAAGGCGGACUGGCUUGUGAUGGAAACUCUUACUGGCGAGAAUCCGCGGAAGCGUAUUGUUGAGUACCUCGGAUUCAACGAGGAAGAGAUCACCAACGGAGUCUCGGGCAAAGAAGAGGCGAAGCCUGAGGAUGCUGCGGCUGACAAGGAGGAGGACACGAAGGAGGCAGAGAAGCCCGACAACAUGUGGGGCGAGGCCGACGGAGAAGGGGAAGAAGACUUCUUGUCGAAUCUCUCUGCGACCAAGGGCGCCAAGACGGACAGUCCUUUCCACCUGCUGGCCGACACGGAUACCACUGUGGAGAAGUCCAUCACCAAGGCUUUGAUGCUUGGAAACUUUGCAAAGGCCACUGAGAUCUCCCUCAAGGAAGAGCGUUGGGCAGAUGCUUUCCUCAUUGCCAACUGCGGUGGGCAGGAGCUGGUGGACAAGGUGCAGAGUGCCUAUUUGGCCAGCAAGGACGGUGUCCCAAGCUACGUUCGCUUGCUCGGAUCAGUUAUUGCCAAGAACCUGUGGGAUGUUGUCUACAACGCCGACCUCGAGAACUGGAAGGAGUCAAUGGCCAUUCUUUGCACGUUCUCUGACCCCAAAGAGUUCCCCGAUCUCUGCGAGGCUCUUGGCGACCGUAUCCUCGAGAACGGCUCACGCAAGGAUGCUUCUUUCUGUUUCCUCGUUGGGUCAAAGCUCGAGAAGGUCGUUUCCAUCUGGAUCACAGAGCUUGAGGAGGCCGAGCAGGCUGGCAUGCAGGAACCUAGCGAUGAUUCGACGUUCUCUGUGCACGCUCGAUCACUUCAGCACUUCAUCGAGAAGGUGACCAUCUUCCGUCAAGUCACAAAGUUCCAGGACUCUGGAAAGGAGCAAUCUGCCGACUGGAAGCUGUCAGCUUUGUACGAGAAGUACACUGAGUACGCCGAAAUCAUUGCCGCCCACGGUCAACUCGCAGUUGCCCAGAAAUACCUGGACUUGCUACCCAAGGAGUACCCUGAGGCGCAGCUGGCGAGGGAGCGUUUGGCACGGGCUACGGGCAAGGCCGCCGUCUCGCAGGCUGCACCAAAGGCGCCGGCUGCUGGACGUCGUCCGGGACAGCCUCCUGCGGCGGCCAAUCCCCGGGCCACCCCCGGUUAUCAGUCCUACCAGCCCACUGCCCCUGCUCAGACUCCUGUCGGUGCUAGCCCGUACGCACCAACGGGGCCGGCUCUCGUGGCAGCAACCGGACCGGCAGCUGCGUCGAACCCGUAUGCCCCGGCUGCCCCGGCAAUCGGUGGUUACACGCCUGCCGGCCAGUCGCCCUACGCCCCGAGCCAAGGCUACCAGCCUCCCGUCGCCCAGCCGGCCUAUCAGGCACCCUCGGGCUAUGGACCACCUCCCUCAAACUUCGGUUCGGUGCCACCGCCGCCGCGUAACUCCACGCCCACUACGUCCUUCCGCCCCAAGGAGAGUUGGAAUGAUGUACCUCUGGUUGCCAAAGCACCUCCUCCAAGAAAGACCACUCCUAGCGUCGCUCCAAUCUCUUCGCCGUUCUCUCAGCAACCUAACCAACCGGGUCCCCCGCCUCAGAGCCCGUACGGACGCACUGGUUCAACGCCUCCUCCUCCGCCGCCCAAAGGCCCUGCCCCGCCUCGUGUCACGUCUCCUCUGGCCGGACCUCCCCAGACUUUCCAGGCCCCGCCUAGGCCAACAUCAUCGGCAUCGAACGCAUACGCUCCUCCGCCCCCUCAGCCUGGCGCGAUGCCGCCACCUACCAUGCCUCGCACUGCCUCGCCAUACAACCCUCCUCCAUCUGGCCCUGCCCCCUCUAACCGCUACGCGCCCGCUCCCUCGGCCCAGCCGCAAGCAAGCCAGCCCCCCUUGGGGUCCUCUAUGCCACCUCCCGGAAGCCAGCCUCCCCCGAGAAACCCUUAUGCGCCGCCGCCCCAGCAGAGCACACCGUCAAACCAGUACGCGGCUUCGCCGUACGGAGCCCCGCCUACAGCAGCCUCGAGGCCGCCCACUGGCCCUCCUCCUUCCAACGGGCCCCCGCCUGCUGCCAGAGCUCAACCGACCCCUCCUCCCCCCAAGGCGGCUGCCCCGCCCAAGGCCAGACACCCAGCUGGUGACAGGUCGCACAUUCCAGCUCACGCCCAGCGACUGGUCGAUGUCCUCAGCUCGGAUAUGCAGCGUGUAGCUUCUCGCGCGCCUUCAUCCUUUGCUGCGCAGGUCAAGGAUACUCAAAAGCGCCUCAAUCUUUUGUUUGAUCACUUGAACAACGAGGAGCUGGUCAAGCCUGACACAAUCGAUCAACUUUGUGCUUUGGGCGAGGCUAUUGAGCAGAAGAAUUAUGAGGUUGCUCACAAGAUCCAAGUCGAGAUUCAGCGGGACAAGACUGAUGAAUGCGGUAACUGGAUGGUCGGUGUGAAGCGUUUGAUCAGCAUGAGCAAGGCCACUCCAUGA